UGAUCUUUUGGCGAUCAUAUCAGUGGCCUGGUAUCAGAGGUGCGCGAUGUUCACGACUCCUUCUCCUUGGUUCUGACCUUGGCAAAGAGGCUAUUGGCAACAUAGUUAUGUGAUGGGACUAACAGCAGCAAAGGAGUCUCUUGCGGAUUUUCAAGAUUCAAUUCACGUUGCCUGUUCUACCAUCAGCCCGGCAGCCAGUAGUGGCCCUAGAAGGAAGCCAGCAUUGACCAUAUAUGGCAGCUUGUAGUGACCAUAUAGGAGGCUGCUCGCUGUUACCCCCCGACUUAUCAGAUCCAAGAGUCGGCUUCCAACCAGGCCCACACUGGAAAAUCCAUGGCAGGGUAUGCCUUCAAAAAUAAGUGCCUUCUUCUUGAAAGAAAAGAACAAAUCAAAACAGUCACCUUGAAAUUCUGUGUUCCUCUUCUAACCUCCUGUAAUGGUGUCUUGGUUGCAGAGGUCUAUUACGAGUGAAAACGAUCAUCAGGAGCAUGCAGGAAAAAAUAUCAGUAUCUGUGCCAUUUAAGAAAGUUUAUAUUAUGCUAUUUGAAAUGAAUUUGUAACCAUUUUAAGUUAAACAAAUUAAUCUGUAUCAGUACUUGAAAGUUUUGAGUUACCGGUAAGCUGAACAAAGAUGUUCAGUCAUUGCUAUAUAUAUUUAUAUUUUUGAAACCUCGAAUGCUGAGUACUAUAUUGAGUUUGCUAUUUUUUUUUUAAAUUUGUGAUGAUCUGGAAAGAUGUCCUUGUCAUCGGGAAGAUCCAAUGUCUGUAGCACUUGUGGCAAGUGCUUCAAGCGCCUUGCAGCCUUAGAGAACCAUGAAAGAUUGGCACAUCCGAAGGAUGAGAGCCUCAUCAAAGCUAAGUGUCAAGAGAGGAUGGUACCUAUGAAGAAAGCAGAUGCGAAAAAUCCUAAAAAGAAGAUCCUCAAGAAGAAAGAAUAUCUCUCCGGAAAGGGUACCCUUUGUAGCCAUGAUCUUCUGCCUCUACAAGGACAUGAGAGCCAGAGUAGUAUCCUGGUUCAACAGGGCUUACCCGGAGGAGUUAGUUUAGCCACAACCAAAGCAGUCAUCGGGACAUUGUCACAGCGAGGAAUAGAAAUUCCCAGUUUUCAAACAGGGUUGAAAAUACCUCAAAGUAAUUCCAACGGUAUUAAUCAUCACACUCCACUUCCAGAGAAAUCAACUAGUAGCAACAAUCGACUGAGUCAUCAAGCAAGGCUUCCGAAGUAUCUGAAUAUCACUCAGAAUGUCACUCAUGGAACAUACAGCUGCGCUGAUUGCACGGUCUGUGUUGAUAGCAUAGAUUGCCUGUUCGGCCAUGACUGCAGUGUACCAAGCAGCAGAGAUUCAUCAGAAACCUCUUGUAAAGAAUGCGGGUCUGACACAGUCUGUUCUUGCAGCAAGCGUGAGUUUCAACUUGUAGUUAGAGAAAAAGAUCCAUGUUGUAACCUAUGUGGGAGGGUAUUCUUUAAUGAGUUGGCCAAGAAGCAACAUGCAUGUGCAGGUAUUGAGAAUACUAAAUGUAAGAAUAAUUUCCCCAGUGUUAUUGCCAAGGAACAUCAUGACGGUCUUCAAAGUGCUUCAAGGGAGUUGUCAAACCCUGCAGGGGAACAGUUUGGUCAACAUUUCAAACAUGAACCCAGCUUAGAUCAGUCUAAGAAACUCCAUGCAGUGAAAAGUGAAGUCAAGCUUCCAAAUGACAGUGUCAGGUGCCCGUAUUGUAAAAAACUCUUCCGGAAUGAUCUUUACCUCAAUGACCACAUGCUCUCUCACAGUGAGCUCCAGAAGUUUGAUUGUUUCUAUUGUCGCCAGCUCUUCCCAACAGGUGCCGCUCUGAAAACACACAUAGAGGCCUUUCACAGCCAACACUCGCAGGAGACAUUACAAGGACAAGAAGCUGCUGGCGUUAUAUUUACAGACACUGGACCGAGAUGGAAGUGUUCCUUAUGCCCCAAAGUAUUUUCCUGUAAGAGUAACAGACGGAGACAUCAAAUGUGGCAUUUCGGCAUCAGACCCCAUUCUUGUGAAUUUUGUGGGGCUGCAUUUCGCCAGCGUUGGCAGCUCCAAGCCCAUAUGAAGACAAAGCGAUGCCAGGCUAACAGAGCAAAGACUAAAGUUGCACUUCCACGACUCACCAAUGCUACUACUAAUCAUUCUCAAACUUCUGAUCAUAAUAAACAAAAGGUUUUCUAUGAUGAGACUGAAGAAGGAGAGGUACAUUUAACAGGUAAUGUUAUCACAGAAUCUGUUUCUAAGAGAAUCUCCAGUGGUCAAUCCCAGGUAAGCCCUACACCUGCAAGUCAGGCUCCACUUCAAGAGCUUGCUGCUAUUCCUACUUCAAGUCUUUCAUCAUCCAUUUCGCACAAUCCUGUGACUACCAAGUGCCUUGCUCAACCUGUGUUAGAAAACUUUCCCGAAGAUAGACCGUUAGACCUGACAAGACUACCAAGCUUAGAUCCAGAGCUAGGAGAAACCAAGUCGUUUAUUUGCCAAGAAUGUGGGAAAACCUGCAAGAGCAAUCGAAACCUCAUGAUUCACAGUCGUAUCCAUACAGGGGAGAGACCAUACUCUUGCAGUAUGUGCAGCUUGACUUUUCGGCAGUCCCAUCACAGGAAGGCUCACAUGCUCUCCCGACACGGAGUGUAUCAUCCAAUCCAGAAAGCAACCAGGAAGAAAGAGAUAGUGGUUAUGACAGAGGAAGGAAUGAGAUACAAGUGUCAUUACUGCAGCAAAGAACUGAUGUCAAGGUCUGGAAGGCGCAAACAUGAGAGAUGGCAUCUUGGAUUGAGACCCCACAAGUGCAACAACUGCGGGAAUACAUUCAAGCAACUGCAGCAUCUCAAGAAGCAUCAGAUGUCAUCAAAGUGUAGGGUAGUGCAGAUGAAGUUGAUAGAAAGCAAAGAUAAGAAAGCCGAUGAUGUUAACAGCAAUGAUAGGAUUGGUCCUCUAACCUCUUGGCAUAUGAUGCAGGUUUUGGCAGAAAAUCAUCGCAAGAAGAAGGCUCUGGCUCCUAGUGAUGAACCUUCCUUAUCCUCAGAAAGUGAAGCACUCCAGAUUAUGGAUGUUCCAAGUGCUGUAGGGCUUAUUAGCACGGAACAGUUGAAAGCCAAAGAAAAGGCCAAGAAACUGGCAGACGAUGCCAGCAAAAAUGACGAAAAUGACAAUGUCGUUCACUCUCCUGCACUUGGUGAGUGUUUAGAGGAGAUUGGAAACAUUACGGAAGAAGAAAGAGAAGAACCAGAAAGAGUUGGAAGAUAUGCCCUAGAAAACGAUGAACAGGAUUUUCUGGGUCCUUCCAUCAAGGAAGAAGUGUUUUCUGACAUCGAAGAAGGAGAGAUUGUUGAUGAGAAUGGGCAUGCGUCUUACCAAAAUUGUGGACCCACUGGGAAUUUCCAGCAAUGCCAAGACUUUGAAGCUGGAAGUAGUAAUGUCCUCCCCUUGAACCUGACAAAUCCUAAUAAUAUGGAUUAUGGUUAUGAUGAUCCUGAAACGCCUUUCCAGGUUCAAUGUCAUAUCUGUGGUCAGUAUUACAAGACGAGGCAGAACUUGAGCAUUCACAUGCGAAUCCAUACGGGUGAGCGCCCUCACUCCUGCUCCAUCUGCUUUAAGAAAUUCAUCCAACCCCAUCACCUGAAAGCCCACCUGAAGUCAAAACACGACAUCGUCAUGGUAACCCCAAGCAGGCCAAUCAGACAAGAAGAGAUCAUCAUGACCCAAGAAGGGAUCCGCUACAAGUGCCAGUACUGCCCCAAGCUCUUGUCCUCUAAGAAUGGUCGCCAGAAGCACGAGCGAUGGCACCUGGGAUUGAGACCACACAAGUGUGAUGCAUGUGGGAAGGCAUUCAAACAGAGUCACCAUCUCAAGAGGCACAAGGCAGGAUCUGCCUGCAUCCCCCUGGACAAACAACCUAUCAAACAAGAGAAUCCGUCCCCUGAGAAGCCACCUUUACCUCAGUCACCUCCUAACCACCAGUCUUCUCCUCGGACAGCUAUGUCACUAGUUCGCGUAGCUCUACCAACUCUGCCCAAAGACUCUGCAGUUACAGAAGCACUUCCUGGGCAGUUACCAUCAGAAAGAAUCCCUAAUAACUUUGAAACAGCACAGGAGAUUCCUCCUCAGGGUUACAGGGGUGCAACUCCAGAGUCUGUUGAGGACAUGACACCUCAAGACCUCUCUAUGCCUUCAACUAAAUUGAUAGAUCUGCACUGUUAUGAGUGAUCUCAGCGACAAAUCUUACCAAAUUAGCCAGUGAAAGCUACAAACUGUCACACACUACCUACCAAAUUGCCAAUUUGAAAUUUACAACAUAUUAAGGAUCUUGGUUUUCAGACUUUCAACAUCUUUUUUUUUCUCCUAAUUUGUUUCAUGCAUCAUAUCAAUCAUUUGUUGGGUUUCCCCUUAUAACAUCUGAAUCACCAACCGAAUGAUGUAUGUUCCUGAUAAUUUUCAAUGGGCUAAAGUUGUGGGUAAAAACUGUUUUAAAGACUUUAUAUUACCCUAAUUCUUAAAAAAAACUUCCAAGGGAAAAGAAAUUGACGAGGCUGCACACUUUUUGUUACAAAGGCGAAGUAUUUUAUUGAUAUCAGUAGGUAGUGGGUAUAGGGUACAGAAAUUCAGGUCUUUCUCUUUUUAAUAGUGCCUUUGCUGCAGGGAAGUUUUCUUGAAGCUCUGUGGUUUUUUUGUCUGUGUAGAAUAGGGAAAGUAAGGAAGGGGAGGAGGAGAAAAUAAGGUGCGAUUUCUUUAGGAUAUACCUAAAUUGGAGUCUUAAUUUUGAUGAGGAUAUCAUCAUGAGGUUUUUUGUGGUCAUAAAAUAUAUUGAAAGCACUUUACAACAGUGCUUAUCAAGACUGGUAUUACAUUAUGCAUUGACCAGUUGUUAAAAUUUAUGGUGAAUUUUCAUAAACUUUUUUGAUUGCAUAGGGCUACUUCUCCAAAAACGUGAUUGUAGAUAUCCGAUUCCUCUUUUCUUUUCUUUUCUUGAGAAGAGCUUGUCAUUUUAGUUGGUUUCUAUUCAAUGGUCUAUGGCAUUGAUCAAUAAUGAAAUAUAAAAGGCUGCUCAUUUACGCUGUUGUCAAAACUCUGAACUCUAUCUAUUUUGAAGUGUUGUUACAAGUUAUAAUCUAAAUUAUAUUUUUCCUUUUCCAUUUUCCAUACCAAAUUCAAUAUUACAUCAUGUAAUAAACUAAUGUAUUCCAUGUGCUUCCUGUGUAUUAUAGGCCUAUACAUGUAUAUUGUACAUAUUACAUGUAUACUUAAAAAUCUUGUACCUUAAUAGGUGUUUCGGCCUUUUUCAAUUUAUUGAAUAGCAUAUUUCAGAUUAUAUCUAUAGAUAAUUCAGAAAAAUCUACCCAAAGACAAAGUUAUAAGUACUAUCAAAUAUACAGAAUUCAUAGGAGUAAUUGAAAUGAAUGCAUCGUCAAAUUCUAUUUUUGUAUUGUAAAGAUUGUACAGUACUGCCCUUGGUGUGGCAAUUUACGCCAUUUAUAUUUCUGUACAGUGAUUCGUACUGUAUAUAGUAUUUUCCUACUUAGGACUUUCUUCAAGAUUCUCCUUUUCAAAAAGCCUAUACUAUGUGCUUAUAUUCUAUGCAAUUUCCUUAUACAUGUACAUGUACAUUGCAAACCUUUUGACAGUUCAAGGGUUUUAUUUUCAAUUGGUCUUAUACCAAUUCAUACAAAAUUUUACCAACUUGUCUGCUAUCGUUUGGUCUACCAUCAGUUCUUCCACUUUCCACAUGGUCUAAUUGCCAUUUUGUCCAUUCACCAUGUUGUCUAGAUACCAGUUGGUCCAAUAGCCAUUUCGUCCAUGUACCAUUGGUCUAAUUGGAGUAAGUGUUAAUUGGGC